CGACAAGAAAAAAAAAAAAAUCAAAAUCACUGCUUUCGCUUUCGUCUUGUUCACUUGAAGAAAACACAGUAAACAAAAAAACCUAAAAAAAAAAAGAUGAAACUCGCAGGUCUGAAAUCUAUCGAGAACGCACACGAAGACUCCGUCUGGGCGGCGACUUGGGUUCCAGCAACGAAAGAUCGUCCGUCGUUGCUUCUGACUGGAUCUCUAGACGAGACGGUGAAGCUAUGGCGAGCUGACGAGCUGGAUCUUGUGCGGACCAAUACGGGACACUCCUUGGGAGUAGCGGCUGUGGCGGCGCAUCCUUCGGGGAUAAUUGCAGCGUCUUCUUCGCUCGAUAGCUUCGUUCGUGUCUUUGAUGUUGACACUAAUGCUACUAUUGCUGUUCUUGAAGCUCCUCCUUCUGAGGUUUGGGGGAUGCAGUUUGAACCCAUGGGUACAAUCCUUGCUGUUGCAGGUGGUAGCAGUGCCUCGGUCAAGCUUUGGGACACUGCGAGCUGGAGAAUAAUCUCAACUCUAUCAAUCCCACGUCCAGAAGCACAAAAACCUUCAGACAAAACCAGCAGCAAGAAAUUCGUUCUCUCCGUAGCUUGGUCUCCUAACGGGAAACGUCUUGCUUGUGGUUCAAUGGACGGCACAAUCUGUGUCUUUGAUGUUGAUCGCUCCAAGCUUCUUCACCAGCUAGAAGGUCACAACAUGCCUGUUAGGUCCCUUGUGUUCUCCCCUGUAGACCCGAGAGUCCUCUUCUCUGGAUCAGACGAUGGACACGUCAACAUGCACGACGCAGAAGGGAAAACUCUAAUGGGGUCCAUGUCGGGUCACACGAGCUGGGUGCUGAGCGUUGAUGCUAGCCCAGACGGUGGAGCUAUAGCAACAGGGUCAAGCGAUAGAACUGUGAGACUAUGGGAUCUUAAGAUGAGAGCGGCUAUUCAGACAAUGAGUAACCAUAAUGAUCAGGUUUGGUCUGUAGCUUUUAGACCACCUGGUGGAACUGGUGUCCGCGCUGGUCGUCUCGCUAGUGUCUCUGACGACAAGAGUGUAUCUCUCUAUGAUUACUCAUGAAAAAGAACACUUUUUUAUGCAUUCUUAAAAAGGAUUCUACUAGUUGUAACAAUGUAAUCUGCAACAGCUAUUCGUUAUGUUCAAACUUCACGUUAGAACUUAUUACAAAACUCAGAAACAGAUAAAAGCUCACUUAAAACAGUACACAAAUAGUCUGAUUCUUAUGCCCUAAUCUUCUGACUCCCUAAGUAAUUCUUGAGAACAUCCAUAACGGCACCAAAAUCAGCUUUCACCUCAACAGGAGGGUUAGAGAAUCUACACGCCAUGUCAGGAAUCACCUUCGAGUGAUAAUCCACCUUCGACUGAGUAAACUUCAACCCAUGAGCAGUACUCACAACCACCGUCCUAUCCGUCGGCGCAAUCACACCUUGCUUCCUCAGCUUAAACAAAGCCGUCAACGCCACACCCGUAUGCGGACAAAUAAACAUCCCCGUCGAAUCCGCCUGCGCCAUAGCAUCCAUCAACUCCUCCUCCGUCGCCUCCUCCACAAUCCCAUCGCACUGCUUCAACGCAUAAACCGCUCUAUCGAUCGACACAGGGUCACCAAUCUGAAUCGCCGACGCGAACGUCGUACUCGCAGUCAUGGGCUUAAAGUCCUUCCAACCAGACUUGUAAUGCAAGUAAAGAGGAUUAGCAUUAGCCGCCUGCGCACACACCAGCCUCGGUAUCCUAUCAACAAGCCCCAAUUCUUGACACAUCUUGAACCCUUUGUAAAAAGCAUAUAUGUUCCCAAGAUUCCCACCUGGAACAAUCACCCACUCGGGCGCCUGCCAAUCAAACUGCUGCAGAAUCUCAAUCGCCGCCGUCUUCUGCCCUUCUAACCUCAAACUAUUCAACGAAUUCGCCAAAUAAAUCGGUAACUCCGCCGUAACCUCCCUAAUCAGCUUCAUACACCCGUCGAAAUCACUAUCAAUACUCAACACAAACGCGCCGUUAGCUAUCGGCUGAACAAGCUGCGCCAUAGAGAUCUUAUUAGCAGGCAAAAACACAAUCGAAGGUAUCCCCGCGGCAGCGCAGUAAGCAGACAAAGCAGCUGACGUGUCACCAGUCGAAGCGCACCCAACACCAACAACAGGCCGGUUCAUUUUCCUUAACCGGUUAACCUGACUAACCAAAACCGUCAUACCGAGAUCCUUAAAACUCCCCGUGUGACUAAUCCCACAGUGUUUCACCCAAAGAUCGUUCAUCUCGAGAAACCGUUUCCCGAACCUCUCGGCCCAGAAGAGGUUAGAGUUACCUUCGAAGGCCGAAACGAUGUCGUCGUCGUCUAUCUCCGGUAGGACCCACUCCUUCUUCGACCAGACUCCCGAUCCGUACGGCCACGUGCUCUUGCCGACGCGGGAGUCGAAGAGAUCGCGCCAGUAGGCUCCGUCGAAGCGCUUUAGGGCUUCCAUGUCGUGCUCGACGUCGAGGAGGCCGCCGGAGCGGCUGCGGUAGACGAUCUCGUCGAGGGAGUAAGAUUCGGUGGAGUUUGGGGGAGCGUUGAAGGGGACGUAUUUGGCGGAGAAGGGGUUCACGGCGGUGGAGCGGUGGAGACGAGCGUCGUCGCGGAUGGUGUUCUCUGUGCGGCGUGGAGGUUUGACGGAUGUCUCGAUGGGAGUGGUGUUGUUGUUGUCGGAGCAGGAGAUGGAGACGGGGCGGUGGCGGAGGAGGGAGGGAGAGGGGUGGCGGCGGAUGGGGUGUUGGUUAGGGUUUAGGGAGGAGAGAGAGGCAUUGAAGAGAGAAGAGGAAGCCAUUUCUAGUGAGAGAAAGAGAUGCGG